AUGGAGAUCCCUGUGAUAGAUUUUAGCGAGCUCAAUGGGGACAAGAGGGGUGACACAAUGGCCCUACUGCACAAAGCUUGUGAACAAUGGGGCUUCUUUAUGGUUGAGAACCAUGAGAUUGACACGCAAUUGAUGGAGAAGGUGAAGCAGUUGAUCAAUACAUACUAUGAGGAAAACCUGAAGGAAAGCUUCUACCAGUCUGAGAUAGCAAAGAGGUUGGAGCAGGAGAAUGCCUCUGAUAUAGAUUGGGAAAGUGCCUUCUUCAUUUGGCAUCGCCCCACCUCUGGCAUCAGUGAAAUUCCAAACAUCUCUCAGGAUCUUUGCUACACAAUGGAUGAGUACAUAGCACAACUCCUCAAGCUGGGAGAGACAUUUUCUGGAAGUGAUGGUGACGGUCCUGCUGUGGGAACAAAAGUGGCCAAAUACCCUCAGUGUCCACGUCCUGAACUUGUGAGGGGACUCAGAGAGCAUACAGAUGCCGGUGGCAUCAUUCUACUGCUCCAAGAUGACAAAGUGCCAGGUCUUGAAUUCUUCAAAGAUGGCAAAUGGGUGGAGAUUCCACCCUCCAAGAACAAUGCGAUUUUUGUGAACACAGGUGAUCAAGUGGAAGUGUUGAGCAAUGGCUUAUAUAAAAGUGUAAUGCAUAGGGUCAUGCCUGAGAAGAACGGAAGCAGAAUCUCCAUUGCCACCUUUUAUAACCCCAUUGGAGAAGCCAUUAUUUCACCAGCUCCUAAGCUCUUGUAUCCGAGCAACUUCCUUUAUGGGGACUAUUUGAAGCUCUAUGGCAACACCAAGUUCGGUGAAAAGGGUUAUCGAUUUGAAUCCAUGAAGAACAUGACCAAUGGGCAUAAUAAUAAUAAUAUUCUGGGCUGA